AUGGCCCCUGCAGGGCCCUUGGGGGAAAAGAAGCUCCGGCGUGCCACAGUGCCUCACAGCAUCUCGGGAAAACUUGGAGGCUGCAGGAAGUUUUGCAUCCAGGACAAUCUGGUAAGGGCUGCUGGCUUACACAAAGGAAGCAAAGACUUUUGUACUUGCUACACUCCAGACGUCAACCUGCCAUUGUACGACGCCGCAACAAGGCAUGAGGAGGAGGAGACGGUCAUUGGCAGCUGGAGCGUGGCGGAGGCCAACUUCCAUGGCUACAGCAAAAUGGUGAAAGCCAUUUGGACCUCGGAAGCCAUCCAGGCCCGUGCUGGCUGCCCCAUCGAUGGCUCAGACUGCAGGGGUUACUUCAGCAGGGGCUGUGAUGAUAAGGCUCCGCUGGAUUGCCACAAUGCUCAUCGGCAUAGCCCCUACUCGACCAUCUUGCCACUGGAUGUGCGGCCAGACGAUAGUUUCUAUAUUAGUAAGGCCUGCGAGACCAACGACAAUGUGGUCCUCUGUUCGAAUGCCUGGCUCAUCUUCGAUUUUGAAGAGAGGUUUACCGUGACCAAGCUUCGAUUGUGGAACUAUGCCAGCGACGAAGCGGUCCGGAAGAUUCUGGUCAGCGCCGGCAAAGACUUGGACAGCCUGCUCGAAGCUCAAGUUUUCCACGACAUCUCCAAUGUGGACGCGCCAAAACCUCCAGCAGACCUGAGCAUGAGAGGCAAGGUGCCCAGUUCGCCACAUCCCGUGACGGAGAUGACGUUGGACGUGCCGCUGACGGGGAGAUUUUUGAAGAUCGAAAUCUUGCAGAACUACGGGGCCCAAGGUGUUGGCUUCUACCGUGCAGCUUUUGACGGCUACAAGUCGCCCUUCACGGAUUACAUGCCCUUUCCUGGGAAGAGUUGUGGAGGCUAUGAAUUGGAAGAUCUCAAUGAGAACUUCACCCUCCCGGAGCUCUUUUGUCGAGCACUGUGCAGUAGUCGCAUGGACUGCGCUGCAUUUGAGGUGGUUUACAGCGGCGAACAUGCUGGGCGAUGCAUUUUUCAUAGCAACAUAUGGAUUCCAACCAAAGCUUUGGACGACGACCGGGACUGCUACGUGAAGGACAACCAGGUGGUUUAUUGCCGAAAGGGAUUACCGUUUCAGGACGUGUGUUGCAGCUCUGAGUGUGGCGUUUGCGGCGGUGACAAAUGCUCUUGGCGUCCUGGGGGCCGUGAGCGUUGCUGUGCUGGAGCCAUUCGGGCCAUGCGGGAUUUGUGCGCCAACGAUACAGACGUGGCGUGCCGAAUCCCGCGGCCGCGGCGCGCGGGAACUCCCACCCUGCGCCUGACCUUCGAAAGGCCUUUGCUUCGUGCCCGAAACGCCUCGUUGCCCGCCUCGCAACUCGCCGCCGCUUUCGCCAUGGCUCUGCGCCUCCUUGCCGCGGCCGCGACCGCUGCGACCGGUGCCGCAGCCUUCGCAUCUUGGGAAAGCCAUGGAGAGCUGAUGGACCAGGAAGCAUUGAAGCAGAAAGCCACCUCACAGGAGUUGAUCGACGCCGUGAACUCCGCAUCUGAGAAGACCUGGGUGGCGGGAGAGAACCUGCGCUUCGCGGGCGCCUCGUUGGCUGAGGCGAAGAUCUUGAUGGGAACCCUUCAGGACGUGAGCAAUUUGACCCGCCUGCCUUACAAGCCAUUGGACAAGGUGGUGGAUCUGCCAGAGGAGUUCGAUUGGCGCAGCGAUGCGCGGGCCAAGAACUGCCCCAGCCUCAAGGAGAUCCGUGACCAGGCAGAUUGCGGAUCUUGCUGGGCAUUCGGAUCAGUGGAGGCCAUGACGGACCGCAUUUGCAUUGCCAGCAAAGGGCAGAAGAAGAUCCACCUCUCCGCGGAAGACGUGACUUCCUGUGAUAACAUGGGGGACAUGGGCUGCAAUGGGGGCAUCCCUUCAACAGUGUACACCUACUACAAGACCUUCGGAAUUGUGGAUGGCGGCAAUUAUGGUGACAAAUCCAUGUGCUAUUCCUAUCAGUUGAAGCCUUGCGCCCAUCACAGCACCUCAGCGAAGUACCCCAACUGCACUAGUAGCGAGGCCACCCCCAAGUGCGCGCGCAAGUGCGUGGACAACGGGGCCAACUGGCGAUCCAGCAAGCAUUACGGCAGCGGUGGCUACAGCGUGUGCCAACAGGGUGACAGCAAGUGCAGUGAUGCCAUGAUGCAGGAAAUUUACCAGAAUGGGCCAAUCACCGGCAUGUUCUUCGUGCAUCAAAGUUUCCUUUCCUACAAGUCCGGUGUCUACAAGGCAGGUCUAUUCUUCAAGGACCCCAUGCUGGGAGGCCAUGCCAUUAAGAUCAUGGGCUGGGGUACUGAGAAUGGAACCCCUUACUGGUUGGUGGCCAACAGCUGGAAUGAAGACUGGGGUGACCAUGGUUACUUCAAGAUCGAGCGUGGCACCAACCAGUGUCAGAUCGAGAACCCCAUCAUCAACGGUGGCCCCGUGGCUGGUUUGCCCAAGACCUCCAACCCCGAAGAGAUGGGUCGACUGAUCACACCCGAGAGGCUUUUGGUCGCGGGCAAUGAAAGCGACAUCAUUCCCAAGGGCCUGGAAGUUAGCAAAUUUCAGGCUUCAGCCUUAUCACGAGCUGGUGGUACAGCCGCAGACCUCACCGGAGUGAACACAGGCAUCGAGAUCAAAGGAUAUCAGGACUGGUUCCCUAGGACUUCUACCUACAUGUGCUGGAUCAAACCCACCUUUCAGAGGGAUCAGACCUGGUACUUUGUCUUCCGUAGCAGCGGCUAUGCCAUGCAUGAUCCAGAGGAUGGCAGCUGGGCAGUGGAGUUUCACUGCAAGAAUGACAUUGACAAGUGUCGCUUGAUGCUGUGGACCCGUCAACCUGCGGGGCUUGGAGCCGUGACCACCGAGUACAAAGCCAAGUCGCGCUGGGAGAAAUGGACUCACAUCGCUGUGGUACUGCGAGUGGGAGGAGCAUUUCCCCAGCUCUACCUGAACGGCCAGCCUGAAGAAGUUGAGGACGGUACAACACCCUGGUCGGAGUUAGAGGACAUCGUAUAUGCCAAGAACCAGUACCUGAUCCUUGGAAAGGCCACAGAAGCUGAGCAGUUCGAUGGCUACAUCGAUCACUUUGAGGUUUACGAGGAAAUUCUGAGUCCUGAAUUUAUUCGAAAGCACUACAGCUUCGUCGAAGCCGUGAGCGGCACAGGAGACGGUGAGACAACCCAGCAGGUGUGCCUGCCGCCGAUUGACACCACAGGCUACGUCAUCUUGGAAGGCAGCGCAAGCCGCGCAAGCUUCCAGGUGGACGCAAAAUGCGACGAUGCCAAUGGGUUUGGUGGCAGAGCCAAGGUUGUAGCCUGUUCCAGUAGCACCAAGCGCUAUGUCUUGAGUGCCCCUUACGCAUGUGCUGAGCCUGCGCUGCAUGAUGCUGCGUGCGACGUGAAAAAGUGGCUUUCGCGUUCCAAAAAGCGAAAGCCCAGGAUGCGUCAGGCCUUCACGAAGCGAAGCAUUUUGCCAUUGGUGCGGGAGCCCUGGGGCGACCUCCUGUGGUCACCUUUGGGCCCCUUGUUGAUGGAAUCAGCGCAGCCGCGAGCGCUGGAGGCUUUGUUGUUGGUGGCUUUGCGACAGCUGACCUUCGUGCCAGCACCCAGCAAUGCGCCACGGGUGCAGCCUCAACUCAGAGCUGCUGAGGCCGCCGCGAUCUCCGCGGGUCUCUCCAUGGUGAACGCUGCCCCAGCACUGGCCACCUGGGGAGAAGGCUCUGAGCCGGGACAGAACAUCGAUCCCGACUCGACUGAGUACUACAACCGCAAGGUCCUGAACGCCACGGCCAUCUGCCUCACCUUCGCGGUCUUCCUCUUUGGCCUGGUGGUCAGCCAGGCCCGAAAGCUGGUGGAGAACAAGUGGCUGAACUGUCAGCUGACUGUCACAGUGCAGUUUUUUGCAGCUUGGCUGGGAGCGUAUGGUGCGGGUUGUAGCUGGUGCUUGACGAGUAUUUUGAGACGAAGACGUUUGCAGAUGCGAUUUUCGCAAUCUGGUGAAUUGGCUUAUCGAGUGCGACCGCCUUUCCUCAGCCACCUGGGGACCGCUGCGCAGCCUGCGCAGCCUGCGCAGCCUGCGCAGCCUGGGCGCCGAGGCGCUGAGGACACCGCGCUUUCUCGACGGCAUGCCUCUGGGGCGACCAACAGCGCUGUUUCUCGGGCGCUGCCAUUGGUGGUUGGAGUGGCCGGUCUCAGCUUCAGCAGGCGCAGGCGGCUGAGCCGGAACUCUGGUGCGACGGCACAUCAUCCGCGGUCGGCGGUGGUGCGGCAUGCAUUGGAACCUGGUAGCUCACCAGUCUCGCAGAUCCGGAACUUCUCCAUUAUCGCUCACAUUGAUCAUGGAAAGUCCACUUUGGCUGAUCGAUUGCUGGAAAUGACCGGCACCGUUGCCAAAGAAGAUAUGAAGUCACAGCUGCUUGACAGCAUGGACAUUGAACGAGAAAGAGGCAUCACAAUCAAAUUGAACACUGCUCGCAUGAGCGUCAAUGAAGACGGCCAUGACUAUGUCCUCAAUCUCAUUGCAACCUGGUCGCAGCAGCCUAUCAAUGUCCCAGAGUGGUUUAGCCUGAAAGACCAACUUGGAGGCCUUGCACAGGUGAAGCCGGCGCAGGCGCCUUCGCGUGUUUGGUGCCCGCACGGAAGGCAAAGGCCUUGCACAGGUGAAGCCGGCGCAGGCGCCUUCGCGUGUUUGGUGCCCGCGCGGAAGGCAAAGGACGGGCCCCGCCGUCUUCAUCAGGUCGAUGACUUGAACCGCUACUACGGGGAAUGCGGGAACGGUGAAGCCGGCGCAGGCGCCUUCGCGUGUUUGGUGCCCGCGCGGAAGGCAAAGGACGGGCCCCGCCGUCUUCAUCAGGUCGAUGACUUGAACCGCUACUACGGGAAUGCGGGAACGGAGUUGACCUUUCAGCACUCGCCAGAUCUCUUUAGCACAAAAGUCUUGGAGGUGGCCGACCUUGAUGAGGCCUUCGCUGAAUCACGUGUCGAUGGGGUUGCCAUGGCGCUGCGUUUCGAGCAUGUCUUUGCAGUGCACCGUCACCCAGAGUGGCGAUACAUUGCCUAUGAUGUGCUGAAACAGAUGCUACGAAGUCCACACUCGGGAUCUUUUUUGGACACCCUACUGAAUGAGAUCGAAGAGGUGGAUGCCUUCUUCCAGCGCCUCGAUGGAGCCGCCAAAGGCGAGCAGCUGGCCACCUUCGCGAUGCUGAAUCACCUGGCGGUCAAAACGAUCCUCCAGAAACAUGCAAAAAUCUAUAGCUCAGCCUUGGACUCGCAGAGAAACGCCGAGUUCUGGCGUAGGCUCUGCGAAUCGGUGCUCUUCAUGUCCAAAGCAAUCACCUUAAGCCGCAAGAGCAGUCGCCAGGUGUGCGAAAUCCUGGAGCCUCUCGCCACGCUGGAAUGCUUGGAGAGUAGCUUUGUUGCCCCUGAGAUCAGUGAAAUGGUGCCCAAGACGAGUCGUUUGAGGAUCAUGACGUGGAAUGCAUGUGCCAUCUCCUUCCCUUUGCAGAUUCAUCCACUGAAGUUUCUUCUGGGGCUUUUCUUGGGACGUUGGUGGCAUGAUGCCUGCUAUGAUGCGCCCAUGGAGAUCAACAAUGGAUCUGCCCAACUGCGCUAUGCGCGCCAAGCGGACUACAUCCGACAUGCGGGAGCUGAUUUGGUUUUGCUUCAAGAAGUCUUGAGCACUUCUAUGCUGGACUCGCUGAUGCUCCACCUGUCAGAGGAAUUCGAUUGCACUUAUUUGAGAUGCCAUCCAAGAAUACCAUCCAUGGUUCUUUGGACAUGUUUUCUCCUCAGCAUGGGAGCUCUACAAAGUCUGUUCCUUCAGAUCCUGGUUCCGUGGGGCCGGAUGCGAUGGUUUUGUAGCGAUCUCUUUUGGACCUGGCUACUGGUAGCUCUCUGUUUGUCGAUGAGCCUGGCGAUUCGAUGGCGACACUCCAUCCCCGCGCACUUCCUUUUUGGGAACAUUGCAGGGCAACUAGUGGUGCUGCGACGAAAGAACUGCGAGGCCAUCGCAGGUCUUCAGGCGGAGAGCUUUGAUCACUUUGGCGACCUGCAAAGGUCUCGAAGCGAGGUCCAGGCGACGAGGGACAGACCGUCAUGGCUAGGUGUGUUUUUCAACCUCAGACCUCGCGGUGUACUGCGCGUCUCUGUUCCACUGGAGCAUGGCAAGAGGAUGACGGUGCUGAAUACGCAUUUGCCACAUCAAAGCGACAACACCAAGCUCUUGUGCGAUUUGGGAUCCUAUGCCUCCAAAUUUGCGGCCAAGGGACCGGUGUUAUUGGCAGGUGAUUUCAAUCCUCUGCCGGACGUCUGUCUCUCGCAGCAGCUCGAACCAUUGCUUCAGUGUGGCCUGGUCUCUGCUGAUGGACUCAGCGAGCAAAAUUGCACGUGGGACCUCCAACAGUCCUUGACGCGCAGAAAUGCGAGCACUCCUAGAACUAUGCAGUUAGAUUUCAUCUUUCUGCAAGAUCAACGGAAUGCAGAGCUGGUGGAGGCUCCUGCAAUGCCGGAAGAUGAUGUUGAUGUGAGUGCCCGAAAAAGUUUGUUGGAAAUCGACCCUUUGGACCCUUUGGACCUUGAAGGCUCAUUGUUAUGCUCCACCAAAGCGCUGGAGAUAACAGUUUUGAGCACAGCCAUCGUUGACCGAGAGAAGUUCUUCAGAUCUGAAGCUCCAUUGUCUGAUCAUUUCGGACUGCGGACUGAAAUCGAGCUUUCCGGCUGACGAAAUUGAGCUAAUUCUCGAUCCAUCCUGCGCCGUGGCACAAACACUCAUGAUUCUCAUGAUAUGUCCACGCGUGCCAGGAAAACAUAGGAAAACACAUGAAAACACUAUUUGAGUCAGUUGUACAGUUUCAUAGUUUGGGUCAAAACCACUCAACAUC